AUGACCGACGACCCUCGCACGACAUCUGCGCAGCUGGCGCCUUCUGACAGCGCGCCUGAAAAUAGCAACACUCCUGUAAUGGGUCUCGCAGCUACACGUCAUCUCGACCCAUUCCAGGCACCGAUUCAACUCACUAUGAACAUGCUAACUACUGCAAUGCAAGCUAUUCAGAGUAAACUGAGUUCCAUCGAGACUAAAAUCGACUCUUUGAUAGCCCACCCUAUUCGACUACCAUGCAUAUUUUGCGACAGUGAAGAACACCGUUCUUCUUCCUGCACCCAAUUUCCCGAUAUUGUGUCUCGCUCUCUCCGUUUGAGAGAUCGAGACAAGUGCACGUCCUGUCUGGCAACUGCACAUGGUAUUUGUCUUAAGAAGUGUCGCAACUGUGGAGAACCGCAUCAUGCGAUUCUAUGCAACAUAAAACCAACGAGUGGGCCACCAGCAGAACGCCAUCGAUCGGAUUGA